AAAGACUCAGGCUUUUCUCGUUGCUUUAGUUCUGUCACGAUUCCACUGCAAACAUGUUCUUUAAGGUAUUUGUGUUUGUGGCGCUCGCAGUCGCCGUCACUGCCCGCCCCGAGACUCCUUCCUACUCUCCUCCUGCUCACCCAGCCCCUUCUUACUCACCUCCCAGCCCAUCAUACAGUGCGCCCGUUUACGCAGACGUUCCACCCCAAUACAAUGCCCAGUACAGCGUAAAUGACGAGUAUUCAGGCAACAACUAUGGACAUCAAGAGGACCGCGAUGGUUACAACACUCAGGGAACAUACUACGUGCAGCUCCCCGACGGUCGUCUGCAGAAGGUGACUUACUACGUUGAUGGCGAGUCCGGCUACGUAGCUGAGGUCACCUAUGAAGGGGAAGCACAGUAUCCAGCUUACGAACCAUCUACUUCAUAUCAACCCGCCCCAGCUUACCAACCCCCAUCAUCUCCAUCUUACGCCUAAAGUAUUUCAAGCCUUAUUUAUUGUAGGAAAUAUAUCAUGCAACGGCAGAA